UGAUCCGGGUAUGUCCACUCAACGGAUGGUAUUACACAGUGGGGCAGAGAUUGUGACACUCCUGGGGGUGGCCGGUACAGCGGAAUUUUCAGUAUCGCAACAAGCAUCCGUUGCCUGGACAAUGGUGGCACAAUCCGGUUAUGUGGCCCGAGCGGAUGUCUGCAGUGUUUCAAGGGAGGGGGAUGCAGACAUUGUGCUUCAAAAUGGCUGUAGUAACGAAGAGGGAAGGAUGAGCGACUUCCAGUACACAGGGAUGGAGAACAGUGGCAGGAAGUACACCAUGCAGCUGGUCCCCAAAGCCUUUGAAUCUGGAUCAGAGGAGGUGUCCAUUUUGUGUUCUGUACGCCAGUGCCCGCUAGCUGACACCGGCGACUGUGAUUUUGAAUGCGGUGAAAACACAAGACGUCAGCGACGAAGUGCUUUUGGUGUGGAGUCGUUUGUGGCAAUCCUAAAACUACGCUUCAACAAGUCGCAAGCUGAUGGGACAAUCAUGACCACAGGAAGGAUGCAACCUAAUGUCGAAACCAUAGACUUCCUGUCUGCAGGGUCGCCAAUCUGCAGAGUUUCCAUUAGCGCUCUUUGGAUUUUGUCUUCCAUUCUCAUUAUGUGCCAAGUUGGUUGAAAAGAAGUGCAAGGAAAUGUGAGAGUCAAAUGUAUUUGAACAAUACAAAAAUGCUGGUCUGUCGUAGACCCUCAUUGUAAACAAGUUGAUCCCUUUGAAUAUGAACCAAGCAAUGUGCACCAUCCAUGUGAAUACCAGAAUGCGUAAGUAACCGAACUUACAAGGGCAAGUAAGCGCCCAAAACUGGUGGCAGUGCCUUUAUAGACAGUGUCUUUGAUAAACACUGUGUUGAUCUCAGGCUGUCAGGAAUCCUGAUGAAAUAGGAACCACGGUGGAUGUGAUCCUGAAUUCUUUUGUUUUGAACAUUUAAUGUCUUUUUAUAACUACACUUGUUUUAUCCUUUUUUUUCAACGGUGUAUAUAGUGCUUAAGUUCAAUUUACUAACUGAACCAGUAACUUUCAAAAUAUGUGGCAUUAUUAAUUUUUCAAAAUAUGUGGUUUUAUUUAUUUAAUGAGUUUUAUCAAAUUGGUUAUACAUUGUAUAAAAAUAAGUCACAUAUUUUGAAAUUUAUAUUUAAUGCUCUUGAUAAUAUGCAUAGUAAUUUGUUUUAAAUUCAAGAAUCUGAUUUUAAUACAAAAUUUUUUUUGAACCCCUUUUCACUGCGGGAAAUCAUUGGAGCCCUAACAUUUUGUAAUGCUUUGAAAAAGCCCCAAAGCAUCUUCUGUUGCAGUGCCAGUGAGUGGAAAAUGGACGUAGACAGUGAGUAUGGUUUCUUGUGUUUCAUUUUUAGAGGUUUAUACAAGUAAAAUGAAAAAUCAAGUUAUGUAUUUCCACAUGGGAUUGACUAUUAUGUGUUAAAUGUCAAAGUUCUGAACAAAAAUCAAGAUUUGAUCGUCUACAACUUGCAUACCUUGCUAGUAUUUAAUGUUGACAAUGUAAUGUCUUAAUUUUCACGAAAAGUGAUAUA